GCACCGGGUUGUAAAAUUCUCGCGAGAUCGUGAUCACUUCCUCUUUACGCGGAACCAGCGUCCAAGAUGUCGCUCGUCAUACCAGAGAAGUUCCAGCACAUUCUUCGUGUUCUCAACACGAACAUCGACGGACGGCGUAAAAUCGCCUUUGCCAUCACCGCCAUCAAGGGUGUGGGGAGGCGAUACGCUCACGUCGUGCUGAGGAAAGCUGAUAUUGACCUGACCAAAAGGGCUGGAGAGCUGACUGAAGAUGAGGUCGAGCGGGUGGUGACCAUCAUGCAGAACCCCCGCCAGUACAAAAUCCCAGAUUGGUUCCUCAACAGACAGAAGGAUAUCAAAGACGGCAAAUACAGUCAGGUUCUUGCUAACGGUCUGGACAACAAACUGAGAGAAGACCUGGAGAGACUGAAGAAGAUAAGGGCCCACCGUGGUCUCCGUCACUUCUGGGGUCUGCGUGUGCGUGGUCAGCACACUAAGACCACCGGUCGUCGUGGUCGUACCGUAGGUGUGUCCAAGAAGAAGUAAACUUGCAAUAACAGUUUACACACUUAGUUCCUGUGUCUCGCUGAAUGUAUAGGUAUUAUUAUUGUUGAAUAAAUGGAAAAACUGAAAUAAAAAAACAGAAUCAGUUUGGUACAAAGCAGUGAAAACCCAGCUAAAGACAUUUUUUUUGUGAUUCACUGUUUUCUACAUAACUUCCUACAUAAUCUAAAGAACAUUGUGUGAAAAUAUAACCUUGAUAUCUUUAAUAUUGACUAAGGCUAUUUAAAAAAUUUGCUAAAUUUCGGGCUCAGAGAAUCAUGUUUUUGAGAAAUUUCAAUGUAAAAACAAGCUUACUUUUAAAACUGCAACACAUUUGAUGUGUAAUUAUGUGCCAUAUACCACAUUCAAGCUGAGAUUCUCCCAUUUUCAGUGAUGUAUGACACAUUUAUGGGGAAAUUCUUCAAGUUUUGUAAAACAUGCCUAUUUAUUAUGAUGCACAUGUCCAAAAAGCAAAAUAAAAAUAAUUGAAAAGAA